GAUUAGUUUAAAAAACUUCCUUAACACGUAACAGUUGUGGCAGAGUAAACAAAACCCUAAUGCCUGACACAGUGUGCCCAGUGUCACAAGAAGUUAUCGCCGACCAUCACUGUUGCAGGAUUCUCAUGCCCAAAUUGCUCUCUUUCUGCAUUUCAUGUUAAUGUGUUAAUGUCAGUGGUUCUGGUCGUUACAGGCUUUGGCAUACUUUGUUAAUGUUGUCACUGGAGGAAGAAGCUAUAGCUAAAGUAGCAUAAACCCUGACUUCCCAUGAAUAAGCUUGUGUCAAUUCUUACUUUGGGCGAAGGAUUUUCAGAACACUAGUGUUGCAUAAGUCAUUGAAUUCUCGUGUAAAAUUCUCCUCCAAGUGCUUUCCAAGCAACAUAAGAAUGGAAAAUAAUCUUAAUAGUAGCACAGAGGGAAACAAAAUGGAGUCUAGAGGUGCCUUGGUUGUCCUAGAAGGUCUGGAUCGUUCUGGGAAAUCUUCUCAGUGUAGCAGACUAGUGUCCUUCUUGGAGGGACAAGGGAUCUCUGCUGAAUUAUGGAGAUUUCCCGACAGAACUACAAAUGUUGGGCAAAUGAUAUCUGCUUAUCUUAGUAACACAUCUCAGUUGGAUGAUCACACUAUUCAUCUCCUCUUCAGUGCUAAUCGUUGGGAAAAGAGGUCAUUGAUGGAAACAAAACUGAAAACUGGAAAAACUCUCAUUGUUGACCGAUAUUCUUAUUCAGGGGUGGCUUUCUCAUCUGCCAAGGGACUUGAUAUUGAGUGGUGCAAGGCCCCAGAGAUUGGUUUGCUGGCACCAGAUAUGGUAGUAUACCUUGACAUAUCUCCUGAGAAAGCUGCGGAAAGAGGAGGGUAUGGAGGUGAGAGAUAUGAAAAGCUGGAGUUUCAGAAGAAAGUUGCUGAUUGUUACUCAGUUCUUCAUGAUGUAUCCUGGAAGGUUGUUGAUGGUUGCCAACCCAUGGAAGAUGUGGAGAAACAGUUGCAAGAGAUUGUACUUGAUUGUGUAACAGAAUGCCGGAAGGGGAAGCUGCUUGCCACCUUGUGGUCGAAAUAGACACACCUUGAAAGAGAUGUUAUACAAUAAUAAAUUUUCAAGAUAUAUUAUUUUGAACACCAAAGCGCAGUUUUUUGGAACUCUGAUUGGUUCUUUGUUGUGUGCUAUAAUAACAUUGAUUUGUUUCCCUUGCAAUUUGAAGAUGGCCUGGGAAUUUCUCUUAUGCUCAACUUGGAAGGAAUGAAGAAUUCCUUUGCAGCAGCUUUGUGCGUCUCUGAUGAGGUCCAGAUUCCCUCAAGAAUAUAUUUAAUGCUUGUGGAAUUCGUAGGAAAAUAUUUUGAUAAAAGCCAAAUUAAUUUAUCUAUGAAAAUGUUAGCUCUGUUAGUUA